CCGCCGCCGCUGCUGCCGCCACCACCACCAGCACCACCACCACACACACACAGUGACGGCUGCCAGGCGCAGUGGGAAGCAAGCCGUCAGGGAGAGAGCUUGAGAAGAAAGAGAAGGAUUGCAGAGGGAAAGAGAAGAAAAGAGAAGAGAGUUGGAGGAGGCACCUUGUGGAUCAGAAGGGAUUUUCCUCUGUGUGAGUGCGCGUCUGGAUAAGGCUAUCUGCUUCUUCUUGACUGAGAGGAGUUUUUACCCAGGCUUUUUCUUUUUUCUCAUCCUCCACGCCGGGCUCCAGCGAUAUCUACCUAUCUAUCCCCAGAGCUUAACAAAAGAGGGAGGGAGUAAGAGAGAGUGAGGAAAAAGGCAGUCACAGCUUCAGCUCCAGACCACCCUCUCUCCUCCUCCUCCUCCUCCUCCUCCUCCUCCUCCUCCUCCUCUCCUCCUCUUCUCUCUCUAGCUCCACAUCCAUGUGUGAGUUCAUCGCUGAUUUCACUGUCUUUUGAGGAUAGAGCAGAGGACAGCGUGCGUUCUCCAGGAUACAGCCGAGCUCCCAGUGGGAUCAGGGUCUCGUCUGGUGUGUGUGAGAGAGAGGGAGGAAGAACGAGACAGGGAAACGGAUACACAGGAAGAGAGAAAGAGACGGAGGGAGACAAGCGGAGAGAGAGAGACACUGGAAAUUGAAGGGGCAUGUUCAGGGCAGCAGAGAAGAAGAAGAGUGAGUCUGAUUUUUAGAGCGGAGAGUGCACGGAACCGGCAACCGAUUCCCAUCCAUUCCUUCUUUCCUCCUCCUCCUCGUCAUCCUCUUCUUCUUCUUCUUCCCUCUCCUUUUACCCUCUCUCCGUCCUGCUAUUUAAUCUCCCCUAUUGUUUCCUGUAUUGCCUCCUACUAUCCUUUCAUAUCUUCCUUUCCUCACCCUCCACCUCUGUCUUCCCAAACCUCUUUUCUGCUGCCACUCCAGAUUCUUCUCUCUGUCUCUUUUUCCAGACCCACGGGAAGAAUUGUUUUGUGAGGUUUCCUCUGAGCUCCCAGACAAGUAGACAGACUAAUAUCCCAAGUACUAACUGUCCUCCUAUCCAUCCCCUCCUCCGUGCGUUUAUCACACACACACACACACACACACGUCAGUAAGAGGAGAGUGUUCUCUCUCUGCAUCCCUCGACUCUUGGAAACAGUCGUCUGAAGGAUCCAGGCCAGCCCCUUGGAGUGAUCGUACCCCACCUGUGAGCUUCUCUCUCCAGCCUCCAGGACCUUCAAUUGGAUUCCAGCUACAUGGGAAAACGUUUGGAGCAGCAGCCAAUGUACCCCCACUACACCUACUACUACCCCCACUAUCUCCAGACCAAGCAGUCCUAUGCUCCUCCCCCGCAACCCAUGGCUCCGCCCAGCCCCGGCACCACAGGAGGUGGAGGUGGAGGUGGAGGAGGAGGUCAGGGAGGAGGGCUGAUGGAGCAGCUAAGUAAGACCAACCUGUACAUCAGAGGCCUGCCGCCGGCCACCACCGACCAGGACCUCAUCAAACUCUGCCAGCCAUAUGGGAAGAUUGUGUCAACAAAGGCCAUCCUGGACAAGAACACCAAUCAAUGCAAAGGCUAUGGCUUCGUGGACUUUGACAGCCCUGCAGCAGCCCAGAAGGCUGUGGCCUCGCUCAAAGCUAGUGGAGUCCAGGCACAGAUGGCGAAGCAACAGGAGCAGGACCCCACCAACCUUUACAUCUCCAACCUGCCGGUGUCCAUGGAUGAGCAGGAGCUGGAGAACAUGCUGAAACCCUUUGGUCACGUCAUUUCCACACGGAUACUGAGGGACGCCAACGGCCUGAGCAGAGGAGUUGGCUUUGCCAGGAUGGAGACGACAGAGAAGUGUGACGUGGUGAUCCAAAAUUUCAAUGGGAAAUUCUUGAAAACCCCUCCAGGCAUGACAGCCCCUGCAGAGCCGUUGCUGUGCAAGUUUGCUGAUGGAGGCCAGAAAAAGAGGCAGACCCAGGUCAAGUAUCCCCAGAAUGGCAGACCAUGGACACGGGAAGGAGAGAGUGGUAUGGCGUUGACGUAUGAUCCCACUGCAAUGCAGAACGGGUUUUACUCCUCACCAUACAGCAUCUCCACCAAUCGGAUGAUUGCACAGACGUCAAUCACACCCUUCAUCGCUGCCUCUCCUGUCUCCACAUAUCAGGUCCAGAGUACAUCUUGGAUGCCACAUCAACAGUAUGUUAUGCAACCUACAGGUGCUGUCAUCACUCCAGCCGCGGCCAUAGAGCCCAGUUUGUCUCUUCACCCCUCCAGUGUUAUGGCUCCUCUCACCCAGCAGAUGAACCACCUGUCUCUGGGCACUACAGGCACUUACAUGCCUGCUGCAGCAGCUGCUCCUAUGCAAGGAACCUACAUUCCCCAGUACACUGCAGUGCCUGCCUCUGCCAUCACAGUGGAAGGCGUGGUGACAGAUCCAUCUCCACAAACAGCCGCCCCAUCCUCACAGGACGCCAGCGGGCAGCAGCCUUUGUCAGUGGAGAGUACAGGAGAUCAUGCCACAGCCUACUCUUACCAGCAGACUAAAUAACAAGAUUGGUAGGAAUCAUUGCUGCAUUGCCUUUAGAAGGACUGCACUGAGGGGCUGGAGACACAGAGAGAAUUAAAAUGAAACAGGGACAAAGAAAAAGAGGUGAUAUGGACAACACUGAGGGGAGAAUGCUUCCACUGUGCACAGGCACCAAAUAAAAGACAAAAUGAAGAAAAAAAUCAAUUAUAUUUCUUACAAGGUCGAACUAAGAAAAAGACAGAAGAAUAAAGAAAUGAUGGUUUGCUGAACCUGAGGACGAUGAAAUCAAACACAGUCUGCAACUUUGAGUUUAUCAUUUCUCACCGUGAGAAUGGACUUUGCCUCCAAAGGAAAAAGAGAAGACAUAGACUGAAAUCUAAACUCAACCAACAAGCUGUACAUAAAAAAAGAACAUUUGAAUGUGCAGGUAGAUUUUCAGACUUUUUUAUCAAAAAAAAAGAAAAUAAGAAAGGAAGCAAAGUCUAGAAAAAACAGGUUGUCUUCCUUUGAUAUUAAGCUACGUUAUUUUCAUUCUUUUUAUUAUUUGAGUAGUUUUCUAGAAUAUCAAUGUUUUCGUAAAUCUUUAUUGCCUUAAUUUUCUCAAACUUUGGGGAAAAGUUUCCAUAGUGUUGAAUUAUUAGACAAAAAAGACUGAGUGAUUGAAUGAUUUGAGAGGUUCUUGGAGUUUCCGAGAGCCUUGAAGAUAAAAUCUACGAAGCUAUCUGUACAGGAUAAAAAAAAAAAAAAAAAAAGGUUGUAUUUGUAUGAAGAUGAUUUUAAAUUAUGUGGUGCAGUGCAGCUGGUGUUGGUUCAUAGGAAAAAAAAAAUCUUCUUUAAUGCGACUUGUGGAAAAGGUGAAUCCACCUCUCCCUGGAAAAUGCAGUUUAGUUUAAUCAUGGGAUAAAAGUUCUGUUUGUCCAUUGCAUUUGUAUUUUUUUUUUUCUGUUUGUUUUGGUUUUUGGUCUUUUUACCUUUCAAAAAUAUG